AUGGGGAAAGCCUAUGAUGAAGUGCAUGCACAAGUAAAAGCUAGUCCUGAACGAUGGGUCGCUUCUGGGAAUAGGGAUCUGGUUCAAAAAUACAAUUUGAAGAAGAGAAAAUAUAUUGGAAAUACAUCAAUGGAUGCUGAAUUAUCAUUGAUAAUGGCUAAUCAAGCAUUG